CACCACACCCCAAACGCCAGGCACACACCACCACACACCACCAGGACACGUUGUUGCCGUGUCGCCUUGCCAUUAGAUGACGAGGUGCGCAGGUGGGACACUGACACUGUCGUGAAGGCCCUGCCUGGGGUGGGGCCUUGUGCGCGCCGUGGCAGACCCUGCGGCCUUAGCCCAAAACUGAUGGCCAGUGGACUCCACCUUUCCGUCAAAAUUCUUUGCAGAGUGGGGCUCCUUCUUUACAAACAUCGCGACCGUGGAGCCAUUCCAUGGCCGCCCGGAUGGAGUCAUGGUACCUGGUGUGGAUGCAACUUUUACAACAUAAUAUUCUCACUUAAUUCCUUGUCCAAAUUGCCGAACUUACCGCAGCCUCAUUGAUCACCAAAAGAGAAUCUGCGCGUUGACUGUUGAGCUGGAUAACUGAGACGGGGGGUUUUGUCUGAUACCCACGUACCUGGUCAUCCAGUUCAGUUCUCCGCCAAUUCUCGGUUUCCACAUUUGGGUGUCCGUACCUUGCCUUAGAUCGCCACCACCCCUCUCUCCCACCCAAUUCUCAACUGAAAGCAAUAUGGCGUCUCAGGAAAACCCCAAUGCCCCACCGGCGGCUGCUACCGACGCAGUCCUGGUCGUCUCUGAGGAGAUGCCCGAGGACUCCCAGAAAGUCGAGGAGCUGGACUUUGAUGACUUCGAGGGCCCCAUCACAGCCGAGAACCUGUGCAACGGCAUGAGGUACAUGGGCUUCCAGGCCUCGUCCCUCGCCGAGUCCGUCCGGAUCAUCAACGACAUGAGGGCAUGGCGCGACCCGGAGACCGGCGAUAAGACCACCAUCUUCCUCGGCUACACUUCCAACAUGAUAUCUUCUGGCAUGAGGGGAAUUUUCAGGUGGUUGGUCAAGCACAAGCACGUGUCCGCUAUCGUGACGACCGCCGGAGGAGUAGAGGAGGAUUUCAUUAAGUGCCUGGGCGACACUUACAUGUCCUCUUUCAGCGCCGACGGCGAGGGCCUCCGCAAGAAGGGCCAAAACAGAAUCGGCAACCUCGUCGUCCCCAACUCUAACUACCGCGCCUUCGAGGACUGGGUCGUGCCCAUCUUUGACAAGAUGCUCGAGGAGCAGGAGGCCAGCAAGGGCACCGAAGACGAGAUCAACUGGACGCCCUCCAAGAUGAUUCAUAGGCUCGGCAGGGAGAUCAACGACGAGCGCUCCGUCUACUACUGGGCGUGGAAGAACGACAUUCCCGUCUUCUGCCCGGCGCUCACCGACGGCAGCUUGGGAGAUAUGCUGUACUUCCACACCUUCAAGACCUCGCCGAAGCAGCUCAAGUGUGACAUCGUCGAGGACAUCAGACGUAUCAAUACCAUGUCCGUCCGUGCAAAGAGGGCAGGCAUGAUCAUUCUGGGUGGCGGCGUUGUCAAGCACCACAUUGCCAACGCAUGCUUGAUGCGCAACGGCGCCGAGUCGGCCGUGUACAUCAACACCGGCCAGGAGUUCGACGGAAGCGAUGCCGGUGCUAGACCAGACGAGGCUGUCUCUUGGGGUAAAAUCAAGAUUGGAGCCGACGCCGUCAAGGUCUAUGCGGAUGCUACUGUGGUAUUCCCGUUCAUCGUCGCAAACACAUUUGCCAAAGACCGUUCAUCAUAGAUAUCAAAAAGGGGAAUAGAGAAGACGCCGGAUCACAUUCAACCUGAUACUGACGACGUGCCCC